AUGGGUAAUGGUCAAUCUACUGCUGAUAUGGAUUCAAAGGAGGCAAAAUUUAUACAGAACGCUAUCGAUACUCAUCAAGUUGUGAUAUUUUCUAAGACAUAUUGUCCUCACUGUAAGACUGUUAAACAGAUAUUUGCUCAACUCAAUGUCACACCGAAUGUGGUAGAAUUGGAUUUGGUAGAUAAUGGAACAAAGAUGCAAGAUAUUUUACAUCAUAUGACAGGAGCUAGAACGGUACCAAGAGUGUUUAUUACUGGUAAAUCUAUUGGAGGAGCUAGUGAAACAAAAACUUUUCUUAAAACUGGACAACUACAAGAAAUGCUUAAAAUAUCAUCAAACAAAGCCAAAACUAUCAAUCAAAAAUAG